GAUAGCGGUUGUUUCCAUACCUCAUUUAAGAAGCACAAGGUUUUGAGUUCCAGCUAAUUUGCUCGGGAAAUCAGGUGCUCCCCUCUCCCCCAUCCUGUCCUCUCUGCAUGGUCAUGUUCUGCUGUUGCUACCCCUCCAGCACCUCAGCUCUCCUGUUAUUCCUCCUCAGCCUCACCCCCCUGCUGGCCCUGGCUGGCCCUGCACCUCAGCAGAGAUCUUCAGUCAGCAGCAGCAUCAAUGAGGCUCUCAACUUGGCAAAAGAGGACCCGGGGGCAGCAGAAGGAGCUGCUUGGACACAUAGGAAAGUGGACAGCCUGCUCCAGAAACCCUUGGGACAGGAACAUGUCUCAGAUAUGGACUCUGCCAGUUCUCUAGCCUCGGUUCUGCUUGAGGCUCUUGACCACCCAGUUAGAGUGAAGAUGACCCAGGGGGAUUUUGAAGAAGGACUCGCGAUAGAUGCAAUGAGGAAUCAGGGAGACCUUGAGCAGGACACAGAGAAAUCGGCAGAGGUUGUACAGCAAGGGGAGGAAAAUUGGGGACAAGAAAAACCAAAGGAUGAAAGUGAGAGUGUGAAGGAGGACGAAGUGAAUACGUCUGAAGGAACGGCCGGGCAGAGUAAGUCUAACGUGGCCAACCCCCUCCAGCGCAAAACCAGGGGCUAUUUCCAAAACAUUGACCUCGGGCUGCAAGACAAUGAGAUCCUCCCACCUCUAAAAGGCUAUAAAGCCUAUAACCAGCAACUGGCCCAGGCGACCAAGAAGCUUAAGUGGCAGGAGGAACGAACGAGAAACCCAUCCCAGCUUGACAGAAACUUCAUGGAUGAUUUCGAUUUUGUGGAAGAAGAGGAGGAGAUUCUGACCCGCAAGGAGGAGGAGGCACGGGCACGGGCAGAGCAGGAGGAGGUGAGGCGGCAGGAGGCCGAGGCACAGGAGGCGCGUGAGGAGGAGCAGAGAUUGGCAGACAUCGCCUCUGACAUGCUUCUGGAGUAUAUGGGCAGGAAGCAGAAAGCAUCGUCCUACAUGAGAGACAUGAAGGCGGCGGCUCUUCUAAACAACGUGGCUGAGGACAAGCGCUCAAACGAGGUGGAGGAUAACGACGAUGAUGAUGAGAUGGAUCCCCAGACCAUCGACAAGUUGAUAGAGAUUUCCAGCAAGCUGCACUUGCCUGCUGACGAUGUGGUCGAAAUAAUCAGCGAUGUUCAGGAGAAGAAGAAAAAGAGGAAGGAUUUACCCCCGAGCAACACCCCUCGUUUCCGCCCUCUAGUUCCUCUCAAAGCCAAGCCGAGGCCUCAGGCAUAUCAAUAUCCUAAGUCACCUAAGAAAUCCUCUUAUACAGUCGAUCCAUAUAAGAAAUGGUACAAGGAGAAAAACAAAGGCAAGCUCAGCAAGCAGGACUACUGGUUUAAGCCGCAGAAGCAGUUUCUGGCCUAUCCCUCAUUCCCCUAUUAUCAGAAGCCAUAUCGAGCCUAUUACCCGGUCUACUUCCCGCCCCCCAAGCCGCGGUUCUAUACAAAUCCCGCUCUGUCGUUUGACUACAACUUUGGGGGCUCCAUGGGGUACGGUCUGAAGCCUCCAAGCCGUAGGUACAGAGACAGGCCCAAGGCCAGGGACUGGAAAUUGGCGCAAGCCCCGCAACGCUCCCAGAGCCCCUACCCACAACCGGACACUGUCAUAUCUAAUUACAUUCUCCCCCAUCCCCGAACUUACCAGGCUCUCCCUAUGCCCAAACCACGUUCUCCUCAGAGUGGGAGAGCACCUUCUUACAUCUACCCACCAGACUAUGUGUACGAUGAGCCGGAGUCUCCACAGGGGAGCGAUGAAGAACUGGAGAACUUCAUUGAGAAGAUUUAUUACAACCGUAGGUUAUUUUAGUCAGCUGGGAGUUCAGGAUAUUCUAAAGCGAUGAAACAAGCGAUGAAAGAGUGAGGAGAAAAAGCUGACAGGGAGUUUGAGCGACAGGGCUGUGAAAAGACAGUUAGGUGUUUCUUCUCCACUCUUGUGUUUUGAUACAUUCCAAAUCAGGAACGGAAGAGAUGGUGCUGCUAUAUCAGAACCUCUCUGCGUGCACUCAUUUGGUUUCUCUCGCAGUUUACAUUUUAAUUUGGUGAGAGAAUACACAGGUGAAUUUGUAAGGUUUCAUUCAGGUAUAUUUUUGAUUCUCUUGCAUGUGGAAAAAAAAUACAAACGAUAAAACAAAAAGAAACCAAAAACAAGCAGACAAAAUGGUCAAAGAAAACAUUUUGGUGCCAAUUGCAAGAGACCCAUGUUUAUACAAAGAUUUAUUUUCUUUAGGAAACACUUGAUUAAUUGAAAAGCAAAGCUUGGGGUUGCAUUAUUGAUACUGCAGGGCACAGUAAUAAUUGUUAUGGCACUAGUUACACAAACAAGUAACUGUCAAAUUAUUACAGGCUUUUCCUGAGGGUCUGUUUGAUUGUUUUGAUCAAUGUUCCUAUUGCCUUAAUACUGAUCACUGUUUUCGCUCAUCCAUGUGCAUGCAGGUCUUGCACCACUAAAAAAAA